AUGCACCCCGAGAUCUCCUUUUAUAUAAAGGAGCCUAAACUUCACUUAGAAAACACUCUAUCUCAUUAUCGUACCGUCAAUACUUCAACGGACAAGACGUCGUCUCCAAAGACCAAAAAGCGUAAGAUUGAAACAAUGUCGGAGCCGUCUGACGAUGAUCUUAUGUAUGACGAUUCCUAUCGGGACUCAGACGUUGUUGCGGAAAAGGAUCGGAAAAAGAGUUACGAAGUAGAAUUUACGGUUCAUUCUAUUCAAGGUAUCGUUAAAAAUCAGGAUGAUGAGGUCGUUCAUGUGUCCAACAUUCUUGGCAUCCAAAAGCAACAUGCCGCGACUUUACUGCGACAUUUUCGCUGGAAUAAGGAAAGGCUUAUCGAACGUUACAUGGAUAAUUCGGAAGAAGUCCUUAAACAAGCCGGUGUAAUAACCGACGAUUCUAGGGUACCCAGAUUUGUGAAAGUACCCGGUUUCACGUGUGAGAUUUGUUGUGAUGACGAUGAGGAUUUGGAUACCCUGGCCCUAUCAUGUGGUCAUAGGUUUUGUCAUAAUUGUUACGAACAUUACUUGACGCAGAAGAUCAAAGAGGAGGGUGAAAGCCGCAGAAUAAUGUGUAUGGCCAACAAUUGUAAUGUUAUCGUUGAUGAAUCAACGGUUGAAUUGGUUCCAAUCCACUACACCAGGUAUCGCACAUUACUGAAUCGAACUUAUGUGGAUGACAAUGAAUCUUUGCGGUGGUGUCCGGCUCCUAGUUGUGAAUAUGCUGUUGAAUGUCAUGUCCCUCAGACCUCGCUUACAAGUAUCGUGCCAACUGUCGAGUGUUUCUGUUGUCAUCGUUUCUGCUUUGGCUGCGGAUUACCAGAUCAUCAGCCGUCCAUUUGUACGCUGGUGAGGAAAUGGAUUAAAAAAUGUGAGGAUGAUUCUGAAACAGCCAACUGGAUCUCGGCGCAUACAAAAGAAUGUGGGAAGUGUCAUUCGACCAUUGAAAAGAAUGGCGGGUGCAACCAUAUGACCUGUCGUAAAUGUAAAUACGAGUUCUGCUGGGUCUGCAUGGGACCCUGGUCAGAACAUGGGACCAGCUGGUAUAAUUGUAAUCGAUACGAUGAAAAGAGUAGCCAGGACGCCAGAGAUCAGCAAGCCAAAUCUCGUGCAUCCUUGGAACGGUACCUUCAC